UCGGCUUUACACUUUGGUUCCUGAGCGUCUGUCGGUUUUGGGGAGUCUCUAAAUCGCUACCCCGGAGUUGUACCCGAAGCCACUGCGCCUGGCCUCCCGCCCGAGACCCUGCCAAGCCCGGACGGCAAGUUGUCUCGCCUCUGUCCCGGAAGAAAAUGAGUCCAACCGAUGCUAAACGAGGGGCUAAGCGCAGGAAGAACAAGCGGGGCGGUGGCAGUAGCUGCAGUGCUGUCUGCAACACCAGCGGUGGCAAGGCCGGGGUCGCCUCGGCCCUGGGCUGUGCGGGAGCAGCAGCACCUGCCUCCAGCUUCCUGACGCCCGGGAGCACCGGCAGCGGGACUCUGGGCUCCAUCACGGGCAUUAACGGAGAGGUCAACAUGAACAACAGUGUAACACCGCAGUUUACAGAAGGACCAGUGAACGCUGACUUCUCCGGAGUCCUUCAGACCCCAUUCACGUUCGGCUUGAACCAGCGGGCGCCCUACACGGCCGGCGACCGCUGCCUCUUGUGUCGAUGUGAGCGCAAAGACGGUGCUGUGCCUUCCGAGGCAGGAAUCUCAGGCCAGAAUGGUACGGCCCAGCCCCCCAAGACGCCCAGUGCCCUCCAGCUGCCUUUGUGGGUGUGCUCCGACUGCAGGCGCACAGUUGAGAAGGAGGACCGGCACACUGCUCUGGAGCAGUCAUUGGGGAGUCAGGACUUCCUUUUGCACAUGCCUGUGGGUAAUGGAAACCUGGGCCAGGAGGCAGCCACAGGGGACAGACUGACCACUGCUGCGCCUACACUACCCAUGCUCCCGGCCCCGAACCUCACCGCGCCGAUGCCUGCUGACACCGUGUGCAGCUGCGAAGCCUGCAAUGAGAGACGGGAGAUCUCUGCUGAAUCGGAGCGGGAGUCGCAGCAGCUGCAGAACCACUGGUCGGAGGUUCGCUACCUGGUGCGCUGCAUCUACCGUCAGACAGGAACGUCCCUAGCAGAUGACCACGACCAGCCCCUCGAGAGAGACCAGGACGGAAUGAAGGAACUGGUGGACAGACUCUGUGAGAAGGACCCCUACCAGCUGUAUCAACGAUUGGAGCAGCAGGCUCGUGAAUACGUCUUGGAAAUGAAGGUGCGGCUCCUGAAGCACCUCUCUGCAGGCUCCAAGACUGCGGGACAAUCGGGGACUGUGGCUGCAGCCCAGGGUCCUCCUCAGGCCCACCAGUUCCUCUCCCUGCUGCUGGAGGAGUACAGUGCCCUCUGUCAAGCUGCGCGCACCAUCAGCAGCUUCCUGCUCACCCUGGAGAACGAGCACCUCCAGAAAUUCCAGGUGACGUGGGAGCUGCACAACAAGCACCUUUUUGAGAAUCUGGUGUUCUCUGAACCGAUCUUGCACAGCAGUUUACCUGCACUGGUUGCACAGCUGAAACACGGCACAGCCUCCCACGAUUCAUACAAUGAAGACAUGUACAGGACCUUGUUAGACAGCUACCAGCAGCUACAGCAGCAAAUGGCCUCUGUGGCUGCUGAUUGGCAGGAGUGUGAGAAGAGGAUUGAUGACUAUGUAGAUGAACAGCUGCUUUUUAAGGUGGAGGGGCAGAGUCUCACCAACCAAAGAACAGAGCCACACAAGUCCUUGAUCAGCAAAAAUACUUUGAAGACGAAGCAGCGAAUGCUGAAGGAAGACUGGGAGUUCUUUAAGCAGAGGAGAUUUAUAGAAGAACAGUUGCCCAACAGUAAGAAGUCCCCCAGCGCAGACAACAACUUCACAGACACUAUGAGGAUGCUCUCGUCUCGUCUGAGUAUUCCAGACUGUCCAAACUGCAAUUAUCGAAGGAGGUGCACGUGUGAUGACUGUAGUCUCUCGCACAUCCUGACAUGUGGCAUCAUGGACUCUCCCAUUGCUGAGGACCUCCACAUCAAGCUGCCCCUGCCAGGGGAACCGCCCCAAGAUUACAUGGCAGAGGUUCACCCCCCCAGCCUCUCCUCCGGCAGCUCAGCAUCAGGCUCCAACUCCAGUUCUCCCAUCACCAUCCAGCAACAUCCACGGCUCAUUCUGCCUGAAGGGGAUGCCAACACUUUUAUCAGUGAUGAUGACGAAGUGCCUCCGUUGUCCAGUAAAUUUGGGGACAUCUACCCGAUGACUGGUUAUGAAGGAAGCAGUGUUGUGACCGCUGCUGUGAACGGCCUCCACGGUGACAUCAACAGAGAGGGGGGAAACUUGGCACUUAAGCCAGGGUCUCCUCACAUUACCAGCAGUAGUAGUUCAUCAGAGGGCGAUGAGGAGGAAGCUGAUGGUGAUGUUGGGGGGGAACCCCCAGGGCAGCAGGAAGAGCUUUCCUCAGGAAAGACCAUCAGUCCUCCACCUGCUUACAACCACCAACAGGUAGAACAGGUCCAGCAUGCCUGCGAGUGCCACGUAUGCAAUCAGGAUCCCAACUCCUCCGCCUUGGGCCUUACCACAUGUCUGCCCCCUAGUCGGCUCCACGCUGCUCCUCCCCCUGCGGUCGGACACCAGUUCUUCACAGACACCAAGAGUCCCCCUGCGCACCCUGCCCUCCACCUCUACCCCCACAUCCACGGCCACCUGCCCCUUCACAAUUUCUCCCGGCCCCUCCUGCACCCCACACUCUACCCACCCAGUCCUCCUCUCACACACAACAAGCCUCUACCCCCAAACCCUACAUCAAGCCACUCAGCGGCCAAGCAGCCAGCCUUCAGCCCAUCACUACCAGAGCACGUCUACCAGAACUGUUUUGGCGGUGCGGGUGGAACGGGUGACUGGAACAGCUCGCUGCAGUGCCUCUCGCUUAAGUUUGAGAACCUGUGGGAUGCUGCUGUGAUGAAAAGCUGGAAUCCAUCCGUGCUGUUGCCCGAGUCGCUGCCAGGUGACAUGCUUGGACCCCCCCUCGCCGACGUCCCCCUCCCUCCAACGUCAUCCAUUGGCUCCCAGGGGGAGCACCCCUCACUACCCAUCCCUCUACCUCCUUCCUCGUCCUCAUCUUUGUCGUCAUCGUCAUCAUCGUCGUCGUCAUCCUGCUCCUCUUCAGAAGCCAAAGAGCAGAAGAAGAGCGGCGCCAAGAAGAAGUGUCUCUACAAUUUCCAGGAUGCCUUCAUGGAGACCAACCGAGUAGUGAUGGCCACCUCCGCCUCCAUGUCCUCUGUGUCCUGCACUGCCACCACUGUCCAGUCAAAUGAUGUAUUUCAUAAUCUAGGUAAAGAGGACCACAGGCAGCCGGCUGCAGUCCCCCCAAGAACCGGCUCGACGGGAUUGACCUCCCUCCCUCCACUCUCGGGUCCCACCCUUCCCCCAGCACCCACGCAUCUCCCCACAAUGGCAUCACAGCCCUUUCCAAAGAUGGCUGCUCCGGCUCCAGACUUUGUAGAAGCCCACCAGGGCUUGUGUCUCCCGCCUGCAGAGCCUCCAGCGUCCUUAACAGAUGGUCCUGUCAGUGCCCCGCCCAGUGUCUGCAGUGAUCCUGACUGUGAGGGCCAUCGCUGUGAGGGGAACGGGGCGUACGAGCACCAGCCGUAUGAUGGAGAGGAGAGUCAAGACGAGGACAGUUGUUCCGAGCAUAGCUCCUCCACCUCCACGUCCACCAACCAGAAGGAAGGAAAGUACUGUGACUGCUGCUACUGCGAGUUCUUCGGGCAUGGCGGGCCCCCAGCUGCUCCUACCAGUCGAAACUAUGCAGAGAUGCGGGAGAAGCUGCGCUUGCGCCUGACAAAGCGUAAGGAGGAGCAGCCGAAGCGAGAGGAGCAGCCGCCAGUGAUAGAACGAGAUGGAGGGGUGGAGGACCACAGGCGGGUUGAGGACCUGUUACAGUUCAUCAACAGUGCCGACAAUAAACCUGCGUCCAGUUCUAAGGCAGCAAAACGGGCCAGGCAUAAACUAAAGAAGAUGGAGGAGAAAGCUCGUCUGGAAAUAGAGGCUCGUGAAAGGGAGGAGCAGCUUCUGUUGGAGGAGCAGCAACGGCGACAGCGGCAGGAAGAGGAAGAGGCGGCCCUUCAGAAGGAGCUGCUCCGGCUGCAGGAGCUGCAGCAACAUCGUGCUGCCAAGAAGAAAAAGAAAGAGAAAGCAAAGGAAAACACUGCACCCCCUCAAAACAACCCACAGCCCCUCAAACAGACAGCUCAGAACGUCCUAGAUAAUCUUCACAACGGAAAGUCGCAGCUGCUUCAAACCCUCAUCCGCCUCCCGCACCAGAGGGAGCCCAGAUUUGAACCUGUAACCCAGUCCCACACACAGCACAGCCCCAAACGCACCAGCGACAAGGCGUUCUCCGCUGAGGCCAACACUCCAGCUGCCCUGCUCAACGGCACUUCAACCUCUCACCUCGAGGUCAACUGCAGGGUCAAGGCCAAACAGUCUGCUAAGGUGGCCGCCUGCGAGGCCGCAGUAAAGAAAGCAGCGGAGUUGGCCAAGUGCACGGUUGUCACAGCAAAGCUAAUGAACUGCAGCGCCCCCCCCACUACCACAGACACCAAAGCAACACAGAUCAGACCCGCUGAGGCCCUGGCUCCGCUCCCUCCCACUGAACCACGGAGGGAGGACAGGAGUCACGCCAGAAGUGCGUGUGGAAAAAGGCAGCAGCCACAUCACCCCCCACACCCCCUGACUCACACAAAGGAAGACAGGAGAAGUCCACCUGUGUCCCACCCCUCCCCGUCCCCCCCUCCAGCCCCCCAGCCGGAGCCCAUGCAGCAGAACGGCAAGCCUCCCUGUGCAGAGUCUCCGCAGACCAAAGCCAAGGCCAAGAAGAACAAGAAGAAGAAGGGGGACAAGACCAGCAGCUCAAUAGAUGACGUAUUCUUGCCCAAAGACAUUGACCUGGAUAGCACUGAAAUGGACGAAACAGAGAGGGAAGUGGAAUAUUUCAAAAGGUUUUGCUUGGAUUCUGCUCGACAGACCCGUCAGCGAGUUUCCAUCAACUGGUCAAACUUUAGUUUGAAGAAAGCCGCGUAUGCUGCACAUUGAGGGUGUCAGUGGGGACAGAAUCAGUACCUUAACCCGAACCCUCACGCCCCCUACCCAUCCCUUUACCUCCACCACAGCUGUUGUCCUCCCAGAACUUCUCUCCUGCUGUGCCCCAAAAUCACACCCACGCUGCCUUGCUUUGUUCUUGUCACUGUGUGGUUCCAACACAGGCCCAUCCGGACGGAUCCACCCGCAGAACUACAACCUAAAAAUGAAAACGACACAAAAAGAAUCACAAAAAUGCUACUUUACAUCCGGUUAAUUUUCCUUGCGUGCUUGUGUGCUUUUAGCCUGAGUUGGGCAUUUCUCUUGACUGAAAAAGCCAUGGUCUGAAAUUAUUUUCUUAUACUGGCCUCACUGUAGUCAAAAGAUGCUUAAUAUGUCUGGAUGGUUUCCUUCCAAAAAAAAAAGAGACAAUGGAAACUACGGAGAAAAAAAAGAGAAAUGUAAAGAAUUAAAAGCUGUAUUUGAGAUAUUGUGGCUUACUUCCCCAUCGCUUCCCCCGUUCCGAGCACGGCAUCUCAUCCACAUGAUUGACAAGGGAAUGGGCUUGGUCAGCUGGUCUCCACUCCCUCAUCCCCUCCACCACCACCACCUACACCCUAUUUCACACAGAGGAGGAAGGCGUAAUACUUGACAAUGUUCUUUUUUGGUUUUUAAGUUCUGUUUAACAAACUGUUGAGUAAAAGUGUACAAGUUACAGUUUUUGUUUUCUUGAUUUUUGACCUGUAGCCAGCUUGUAUCAGAAUACUUUCAGAAUGAAAUUGAAAAAGAACAAUACUCACACUAUCAAUCUGUUAUAGAGUGUAUAUUGUAUUAACACUGAAGCCAAACUGGCUACUUUUAACAUAUUGUUAAGUAAUAUUAAAUCGUGUCUUUCUUUUUUGAAAGAUGGAAUACAGUAGUAUGGCAGGA